CAGGCACCAUGUUACUCAAAGCUCGGAGUAAUGUUCCAAUCAUAUGGUCAAUAUGACAAGGCCCGAGAAUAUCAGGAUAAAGCACUCGCUAUCGCAAUAGAAAUUGGUGACAGGGAUGGAGAAGCAUCAAGCUACGGAAACCUAGGAACUAUCUUCCAAUCACUCGGUCAAUAUGACAAGGCCCGAGAAUAUCAGGAGAAAGCACUCGCUAUCAGAUUAGAAAUUGGUGACAGGGAUGGAGAGGCAGCAAGCUACGGAAACCUAGGAACUUGGUUCCGAUCGCUCGGUCAAUAUGACAGGGCCCGAGAAUAUCAGGAGAGAGCACUCGCUAUCAAAAUAGAAAUUGGUGACAGGCAUGGAGAAGCAACAAGCUACGGAAACCUAGGAACUGUGUUCCAAUCUCUCGGGCAAUUUGACCGUGCCCGAGAAUAUCACGACAAAGCACUCGCAAUUAAAAACGAAAUUGGUGAUAGGCAUGGAGAAGCAACAAGCUACGGAAACCUUGGAACUUUGUUCCAAUCACUCGGUCAAUAUGACAAGGCCCGUGAAUAUCAAGAGAAAGCACUCCUUAUCAGAAUAGAGAUCGGUGACAGGGAUGGAGAGGCAGCAAGCUACGGAAACCUAGGAACUUUGUUCCGAUCACUCGGUCAGUAUGACAAGGCCCGUGAAUAUCAGGAGAAAGCACUCGCUAUCCAAAUAGAAAUUGGUGACAGGAAUGGAGAAGCAACAAGCUGGGGAAACUUAGGAACUGUGUUCCAAUCACUCGGGAAAUUUGCAAAGGCUCGAGAAUAUCACGAGAAAGCACUCGCUAUCAAAAACGAAAUUGGUGACAGGCAUGGAGAAGCAACAAGCUACGGAAACCUUGGAACUUUGUUCCAAUCACUCGGUCAAUAUGACAAGGCCCGAGAAUAUCAAGAGAAAGCACUCGCCAUCAAAAUAGGAAUUGGUGACAGGAAUGGAGAAGCAACAAGCUACGGAAACCUAGGAACUGUGUUCCAAUCACUCGGUCAAUAUGACAAGGCCCGAGAAUAUCAUGAGAAAGCACUCGCUAUCAAAAACGAAAUUGGUGACAGGCAUGGAGAAGCAACAAGCUACGGAAACCUUGGAACUUUGUUCCGAUCA